UAGAGGGAGAAGGGAGGAGAGAGGGCGACGGCUGAGGGGGAGGAGGGGGGAGAGGUGAGUAUAAAAGCUUCGUUCUGAGGAAUUAGGGAUGUUCCUCGGGAAAGAAUUCAUCGAUAUUUUCCAGACUUCUGCUGCAGAACUUCUACGGUGAACCCAGGAUGAGGAGUCUGCUCAGGCUGGUGGUGCUCUGUGCUGCGGCCGCUCUCUGCGUCUGCUACGACUCUCAUGAAAGCACAGAAUCCAAUGAAGACUUGUUUGUGACUCCGAACCGAGCCCACUCGUUUAUCGGGGCCCAGGGCGUCAGGAGGGUCGGACACCACCCAGGGACCGGCGUCGGCUUCUACAGCCGGAUGAGGAAGAUGAAGAGUCCGGCCGAGCGUCGAGCGGAGACCUGCGAGGACUACUACCCCUGCCGCUACUACGCCAACCACGUGGGCUCCCAGAUGGCCUACAACAGAUACUUCGGCGGCCGGGGGUCAACGCAGAGACCUGCGGGGAUGCGUCGAUACUGAGCAUCGGCGUUGAGAAUCUUUCGCUUCCACAAACCACACGUUUUCUGUAAUUUAUGUGUUUGUGUUGUUUUGUGGCAUCUUCUUGAUCCAAGCAUCCAUGAGGAAAACACAUUUAAUGAAAGGCAGGCUGCGGCCACGUCCCGCUCACGUAGCCAUGUACGUAGCCGCGUACGUAGCCGCGCACGUAGCCGCGUACGUAGCCGCGCACGUAGCCACGCACGUAGCCGCGUACGUAGACGCGCACAUAGACGCGUACGUAGACGCGCACAUAGACGCGUACGUAGACGCGCACAUAGACGCAUACGUCCUGUCCUGUCAGGAUCGCUGGUUAUCACUCAGGCCCCGCAAGCGACGCCUCGCCCACGCAUCCAGACCCGACUUGCUUCCUUUGCUUUGAAAAGAAAAAUAAAAUUCCCUUCUCUGGGUUUUGUCUUAA